CCGGGUUCUCACCCAAUCAUCUUUGAUUAUAUAAGAGAUACGUGCAUACGUACUAAAAUUCAAAAUGUAUAAGGUUAUAUAUACUUGAGCUCUAUAUAUUGGUGAAUUAAUUUUGGUGGGCAAUUUCAGGUGACCUACGAGAUCAAUAAAUACAUUUGAAACCCUUCAAAAAGGGGAAGUCGUGGAUCAUGUGAAUUUCAUCAGUUUGUACCCCCUCCUUGUUAUUCCUUCUCCAUAUUCAAAUUCAAUUUGAUUCCUCACUACCUCUCCCUACAUGUAUAUAUAUAUUGUAUGUAUGUCGUGAGGACCACCUCGCCCACUGAUUGAAUAUUUCCCUCAAUCAAACACGAACACACCGACCUCUUGAAGUUUCUCAAGAAAUAGAGGAAAAGAAGGAUGAAGAAUUUGCCCGUUGGAGCCCACAAAUCCUUCAUCAUUUUAUUGCUGUUCUUGGCUCUUCUUGGAGUAACGAGUGAAGUGAGGAGCAAUACGCGAGGCCACGUACCCGCCAAGGAAAGAGCUGCAAGCAUGAACAAAGAGACUGAGAAGGAGCAGCUAUACCCGACAGGGUCGAGCCUGCCGGACUGUACCCAUGCGUGCGGGCCAUGUGUGCCAUGCAAGCGAGUGAUGAUCAGCUACAAGUGCGCCACGGAGUCAUGCCCCAUCGUGUACCGGUGCAUGUGUAAGGGCAAAUACUACCAUGUCCCUUCCAGCAAAUUUUAAUCAAUAUCGAUCAAUAUUUAUCCAUACCUAGAGAGUCAUUAGUCGCAGGAAUUUUCGAGGCUUUUCUUUUUUUCGUAGUCUAAAUUAGUCUACUUAGAAGUUUAUUUAUUUUGCGUGGUUGCAAGAAUCUGAGUGUUGGCAGAAUCUGAGAACGGUACGUUUGUAUAUAGCGGGGUUGAGGUUUUGAUCUGUAUUUGCUUUGACCUGCCUUAGUUAACUUUGUCUUCUUGUCUUUGGAA